CGGACUACGAGACUUAUUUUCAUUACCAUAAUACUACACUGAAUCAGUGUAUUUUUAGCAGAUUGUGUGCGAUAACUUGUUUUGAGGAAAUCUGAUUGUAAAUAAUCUGUUUUGCGUCUCUUCCCUUCACUAGCGACAAGAAGAACUAAUGUACUCACACUCUCAUUAUCUCACACACUGCACGAGCUAGUAUCAAAAGGUCAUAAACCAUGACCAAAGUAAUGCGCCCAGGCUCGGCAGGUGGGGAUACUCCUCAAGACAACGUCACUAACCCUGCCCAGCCUCCAACACAGCAGACUGGAACACCUGUCCUUCCAAAUCCACCCUCAGUUUCUGCUCCUGCAUGCAGCGGAACAACGGCACCUACAGAUUCGACAGUUACAGACACAAAUACAACAGUUUCAUCUUCUUUGAUUGAAGAUAAUGGAACAUCUGUCUCGCCUGUUACUGUACAAGCUGGAGGUGAGCCCUCAGCACAAGUGCAAGGUGCUGGUGAUGCAGAGCCAGAGUUUCCAUUAUUAGAACUGAGUAGGCUUGAUGAAAUGAUAAAUAGACCACGGUGGGUUGUACCUGUCUUGCCAAAGGGAGAAUUAGAAGUACUUUUGGAAGCAGCCAUUAAGCUUAGUAAAGAAGGUUUAGACACUAGAAGUGAGGCCUGCCAACGAUUUUUCAGAGAAGGCUUGACAAUUUCUUUUACAAAAAUCUUGACUGAUGAAGCAGUGAGUGGUUGGAAAUAUGAAAUCCAUAGAUGUAUUUUAAAAAAUGCAGACAAAUUGAUUGAAUUAUGUGUUCACAAGUUAUCUCAAGACUGGUUUCCACUUUUGGAACUGUUAUCAAUGGUUCUAAAUCCUACUUGCAAAUUCCACACUUACAAUGCCACUCGGCAGUCAGAUAAUGUUCAGUCAGGUGCACAGCUAGCAGAUGAUGCUCUAUUUGCUCGACCACCAGAUCAUAGAACUCCAAAGGGUUGGCUUGUAGAUCUUGUGAAUAGGUUUGGUCAGUUAGAUGGCUUCACUAUUUUGUUAGACAGAUUUCUCAAUGGUCCACCACUAUCAGUUCCUGUUGUUGCAAGUCUUAUCAAACCUUUUGGAAUGUGCAGUGAAGUUCUAACGCCCCACACAGUAGAGAAAUACUUUAUGCCAAUAGUGGAAAUAGUACCAAAAUUUUUAGACAAACUGACUGAUGAAGAAUUGAAGAAAGAGUCAAAGAAUGAAGCAAAAAAUGAUGCUCUAUCAUCUAUCAUUAAAGCCCUCAAACAGCUUGUCAACAGGUUGCCCAAUCAAGAAGAAAAAACAAAAAAUUUGGAAAUAUUCAGAUUAAAAAUGAUUCUAAGAUUGCUUCAGAUCUCUUCUUUUAAUGGCAAAAUGAAUGCUUUAAAUGAAGUGAACAAAGUUAUCACAAAUGUUAGUUUCCAGUCUAGUAGUAGGCACUCAAGUGUUGAUGAAGAUGAAUGGCUAACAGCAGAUAAAAUGGCUGAAUGGAUCCAGCAAAAUAAUGUGUUGAGUAUUGUCCUGAGAGACAGUUUACAUCAGCCUCAGUAUGUUGAGAAGUUGGAAAAAAUCCUCAGAUUUAUGAUAAAAGAAAGAGCUCUGACAAUGGAAGAUCUUGAUAGACUUUGGGAUGCACAGUCAGGAAAGCACGAUGCUAUUGUUAAGAAUGUUCAUGAUUUGUUGGCUAAAUUAGCUUGGGACUUUGCACCAGAGCAACUAGACCAUCUGUUUGAGUGUUUUCAGGGAUCAUGGCAUCAUGCAAGCAAAAAGCAGAGAGAAAAGUUGUUAGAACUAAUCAGAAGACUAGCAGAAGAUGACAAAGAAGGUGUAAUGGCCCAUAAGGUACUAACCCUGUUGUGGAAUCUAGCCCAUAGUGAUGAUGUCCCAACUGACAUCAUGGAUCAAGCUCUUAGUGCACACUAUAAAAUCUUAGACUACAGCUGCUCGCAGGUACCGGAUAGGGAUGCACAAAAGCUUCAGUGGAUCUCAAAAUUUGUUGAAGAAUUAAAAAAUGAUCAGUGGGUUCUUCCAGCAUUAAAGCAGAUCAAAGAAAUAUGCACUUUGUUUCCUGAGUUUAAACUGAACCAGAGUGCAAAAUCAUCUGAACAGGCCCCACAGAACUUUCCUCACACCCAGCGAGGGGCUCAAAUGUAUUACCGCAAUGGCGUGAUUGGCCAACUUCAAAGUCAACAUUCCAUUGUUAUGUUAGUAUCACAGAAUCUAUCUGCAUAUAUGAAUAAGCAGAGGGCUUAUGCAGAAGCUCAUCCAAAUGAAGACCCUACUACUAUUCUACCCGAUGGGCGUUUUAAUCACAACAUGCAAGUGUCUGAACGGCUUAGGUUUCUCAGGUUCCUGCUCAAAGAUGGGCAGUUGUGGCUAUGCGAACCUCAAGCUAGACAGAUCUGGAAUUGCUUGGCAGAAAAUGCUAUUUAUUUCUCUGACAGAGAGGCUUGCUUUAAAUGGUUUGCCAAGCUAAUGGGAGAAGAACCUGAUCUAGAUCCAGAAAUAACAAGAGACUUCUUUGAAAGGAACAUUCUUCAGCUGAACCCAGACCUUCUCACUGAAAAUGGCAUGAACUGCUUUGAGCGCUUUUUCAAACAAGUGAACUUGAAGGAGAAUAAGCUCAUAGCUAAAAGACGUGGUGGAUAUCUGAUGGAUGAUAUAGAGCUGAUUGGCUUGGAUUAUUUAUGGAAGGUUGUACCUUGUAGCCCAGACGAUGUGGCAGAGAAAGCUGUAGCGCUUUUAAAGGAUAUUUUUACCAACCUGGGACCCAGACUACAACAGAAGCAAGUUGCAAUUCAUGAAGACCUCAUAACAUCAUGUAUUGAUAGAUUGAAAGCUGCAUAUGAUACUGUCAGUGUUCUGGGACAAGAUACAGACACUGAAAGCAAGCAGCGUGUACUGCAGGAGACUGCUCGUAUGGUUAGAGUGUUAACUGUGCUGAAAGAAUAUUUGGCAGAGUGUGAUGAAGCACAUAGAGAAGAAAGAACUAUUUUGCCUCUUAGUAGGGCCUGUCGUGGUAAAUUAAUGCUACUCAAGGUUCGAUUCCCAAGUCAAAACAGACAAGGGGAUGAUGUAGAAAUUUGGUCACAUUCAAAUGAAACAGUUGGGCAAGUGAGAAGACAUAUACUGCAGAGAGUGAAGGCAGGCCCUAAUAUUAAAGUAGAAUUGUAUGUCAAUGCAGAACAGAUUGAUCCAAGUGAGGAUAAGAAACUCAUAUCACAGAUCAAUUUAAGGGAUAAGAUGACCUUGACAGGUAAACUAGUCCAAGUAGGAGGGAAUAUGCCAUCUAGUCCAGAUAGUAGUAGUGAUAGCUCAGUAGGAUCCCCACACAAUCAGUAUGAUGGACCAAACCUGGAGGCUGAAAGUGCUUUACCUGGAGUUCUGAUGUCUCAAAAGUCCAAGUAUAGUCAGUUCCUCUUUCAGUUGUCAGAUUUAGGUUGUCAGCUACAGGAACCAAAACUACGUGAUACAGCUAGAGCAGUUCUCAAAAUCAUGCCAGCUGAUGUACAUACAGUAAAAACAUUUACCACAAUAUGCUGUGAAGGUGCUAGUUCAGAUCAGCCUGUGUCUGCAGCAUUGGAGAACAUGUUUUUUAAUAGCUCCACAACUCAAGCACUCUACAAUAUUGAGGUGUGUUAUGCACUGCUCAUGCCAAGUUUAGAUCCUCUGUGUGAAGAAGCAUUUGACUUUCAAUAUAGUUUUGUCCUAAGUGGUGGGAUUCAACUUGCCAUCAACAUGUUAACAAAAAACAACUUUAUGCCUAAUGCAGACUUGCCCUCUAAAAGAUCUGCUUAUCAAACAGUUUUAAAGAUCAGUAAGAUGAUGCUGACAGUACUCGGACAUGCUCGUGUUCAAGUUGUUGUGGAGGCCUGCAGUUCCGAGGCUCGUUUAGCUACAGUAACACAUAAAGCUCAUGAUGAAGCUGUAGCACUUCAACAAGCUCUGCUACAUAUUCCAAGUCCUGACUCAGAGUACAGUAUGAGAAAUGUAGCUUCAAGAUUAGGUUCACAACUGGCAGAGCAGGCGGUUACUGUAAGUCCAGAUCUAAACACAGUUAAAGCCAUAAUGAAGAUUGCUUGGUCUUCAAGUGCUUGCAGCUUUAAUCUUGUGCUGUCAUCCUAUGAAGAAAUUCAUGCAGCCUUUGACAAGCCCAAAGAAGCUGGUGUUUCUGACAGUGAAGACAUAUUAGUAGCUAGGGAAGGCCUUGAGAACUUGACUGUGUGCAUUGCCUUAAGUCCACCAACAUUGGAUCAGCUUGAGAAAGAAAAUGCUUGGAAAGAUUUUAUUAUUGAUCUCUUGUUGUUGUGUAAAACAAGCAGAAGCAUCAGAACAUGUGCAGCAGAACAAUUUUUUCAAAUGUUUUCGCGAUGUAGUGUCAAUCCCAGGAAUCUUAAGUGGCUGGUAACACUUCUGUUCACAAAACUUGAGACAACUGUAAAGGAUAAUGCCCGGCAAUCAAAUGAAUAUUUUACUUUGUUAUGCAAGCUGCUAAAUCAUGCAUCAAAAGAAGGAUCAAUAUCAGUUGAUCCUCAGUUAAAUAAUGAAAUUACCUGGUUGAUGGAAGUCAGGAAACAAUGUUUAAAGCAUGGAGAGAUUCAGGUGGAUGAUGCUUUGCUAGAAGGUCGAAUUUGUAUUACAAAAGAGUUGCUUUCAUUCCAAUCAUCAGAGAAAAAAUAUCAUAUAGGUUGUAAGAGUGGGGGUUCAGAUCUCAUUAAGACUGUGGUUGAAGAUUUUAUCUUUCCUGCAUCCAAACUGGUGACUCAGUGCAGGAAAAAUGAAGCAGAAUUUCCAGCAGAGCAUGCUGUUCCUGUGUGUUCCAGCCCACAUACUGUAGUGGCUGCUUAUGAUCUCUUAGUCGCCUUGUGUAUGGAAUGUGUUGAGAAUCUACAGUACCUGGCUAACAUGAUUAUUGAAAUGUAUUACACAGAUAACCAACCUGUAAUGGACUGGGAGUAUGUACCAUUGGUUGGCCCAAGACCACCAAGAGGUUUUGUGGGUCUAAAGAAUGCUGGUGCUACGUGUUACAUGAACAGUGUGUUACAACAGUUAUUUAUGAUUGAACCUAUUCGAAAUGGCAUUUUGGCUGUUGAAGGUGCUGCUGACAACGUUGAGGAAGAAAUGCUCAUCAUUGAAAAAGAAAACAUGGGAAACAAUGAUAAAGAAAAUCCAGCAGUCUUUGAAGUUACUUACCCGCUGGCGGGUCAGAAUAAGGAUGAAGAAAGUGGUGAUGGGCAAACACAAACAAAAGAUGAUGAAAGAAAGUCAUAUAACCUAGGUGUUCUCAGACAAAUUCAAGUGAUAUUUGGCCAUUUAGCAGCCAGUAAACUGCAGUAUUUUGUACCUCGGGGCUUUUGGAAACAUUUCAAACUUUGGGGUGAACCGGUGAAUCUAAGAGAACAACAUGAUGCUUUGGAGUUUUUCAACAGUUUAGUGGACAGCUUAGAUGAGGCUUUAAAAGCCCUGAAUCAGCCUAGUAUUCUUUCCCAAGUCAUGGGAGGUUCAUUUGCUGACCAAAAGAUAUGCAAAGACUGCCCUCACAGGUAUCAGAGGGAAGAAGCAUUUACUACUCUGAAUGUAGACAUACGCAACCAUGCCAAUUUGUUUGAGUCACUGGAACAGUAUGUUAAAGGAGAUUUGCUGGAAGGGGAAAAUGCUUACCAUUGUGAGAAAUGCAACAAAAAGGUUGAUACUGUAAAGCGACUUGUGAUAAGAAAACUGCCAAAAAUUCUCGCCAUUCAGUUGAAGAGAUUUGAUUAUGACUGGGAACGGGAAUGUGCAAUCAAAUUUAAUGAUUACUUUGAGUUUCCUAAAGAAUUAAAUAUGGAACCAUACACAGUUCAGGGACUUGCAAAGAUAGAAGGUGAGAUUAUAGAUGAAUUUGAUGCAGCACAAAGUACAAAAUACAGACUUGUGGGUGUGUUAGUACAUAGUGGACAGGCCAGUGGUGGUCACUACUAUUCAUACAUUUUACACAGAGGGCCUAAUGAGCCGACACCAAAAUGGUACAAGUUUGAUGAUGGUGAUGUAACAGAAUGCAAGAUGGAUGAUGAAGAGGAAAUGAAAAAUCAGUGCUUUGGUGGAGAGUAUCUGGGGGAGGUUUAUGACCAUAUGCUGAAACGCUCUGCAUUCCGACGCCAGAAAAGAUGGUGGAACGCAUACAUUCUAUUUUAUGAAAGAAUUGAUGAAAUUAAAGAGGAGGAGAUCAGUAAAGAAAUGAGCAGUCUUUCAAUAGUAGCCAAUUCAAUACCCCCUAUCAAAAUGCCCCAAGCCAUAGAAAAAGUUGUAAGACGAGGAAAUAUUCGUUUUAUGCAUGAAAAGAGCCAGUUUUCUGCAGAGUACUUUAAUUUCAUGAAAAAACUGGUUGUUUGUAACCAAUUUCUGAUAAACCAGAGCAUUGUUGAAGGCAAAGUGACUCAAGAAAUUGAACAUAUCUCAAUGAUCAGCACUGAGCUUGCAUCAAAAUUUCUUUUUAAUGUUGGGUUUAAAACAAAGAAGUCUCUAAGUCUUCUUGCUUGUGACAGGGGUCCAGCUGGGGAUUGGUCUGAUGCACUACACAUUCACCUGAGAACAAGCAAGAAUGUCAGAUCUUGGUUUGCCCUCCAUGUCUUGUUCAAAAAUUCAAACAUUCUAACAGAGUAUCUCCUUGAGUGUCCUUCCUCAGAGGUACGAGUAACAUUUGUAAAGGUAUUUGUGAUAUUGACAAAUCUUACGCUGAAUGACGGCCCAUGUCCACCCGCUAUUGCAUCGCUUUCAGCAGCAAAUACUCAGCUUGAUCCCAGUGCUACGUUGAGUGAUCACUUAUUGGUGGCUGCUCUUUCUUUGUUGAAGAAAGAUAUCUCAGAGCAUGGUCGACAUCUGCAGCAGUACUUUCAUCUUUUCUUGAUGUAUCUCAACAUGAACCCAAAUAACCCAGAGCUCAAUUUGAAAAUUAAACUGCAACUCUUAAAACUGCGAGUGCCUCAGCAGUUUAUGCUGGUAGCCUUAGAUGAGGGACCUGGACCCCCUAUCAAGUAUCAAUAUGCUGAGCUUAGCAAGCUGUAUUCUGUGGUUUCUCAAUUAGUCAGAUGCUGUGAUGUUUCUCAAAGAUGCCAAUCUUCUAUUACUGGUCAGCCACCAAUACCAAAUCCUCACGGUGAUCCAUUAUGCCCCAAACCUCUGAUGAUAAUACAACACCCAGUUGCUGAAGUUUUGUAUGGAAGAAGCCUGUAUGUCAAAAAAAUAAUCGAAGAAGCCAAUGCUGUGGAUGAAACUGCAAAGUUGUUAAAGUAUUGUUCAUGGGAAAAUCCACAUUUUUCAUCAGUAGUACUCAGUGAGUUAUUAUGGCAGGUGGCGUAUUCUUACACUUAUGAGCUGCGUCCCUACAUGGAUCUCUUGCUUCAGAUGUUACUGCUAGAAGACUCUUGGCAAACUCAUCGCAUUCACAAUGCCUUGAAGGGUAUUCCUGAUGACCGUGACGGCCUCUUUGAUACAAUCCAAAGGUCAAAGAAUCACUACCAGAAGAGGGCCUAUCAGUGUAUUAAAUUGAUGGUGUCUCUGUUCACUCACUGUGCACCAGCUGCUGCAAUGCUGCAGACCAAUGGAGAAAUUAAACGCAAGUGGACAUGGGCAAUCGACUGGCUGAAUGAUGAAAUGGAAAGGCGUCCAUAUCCUGGAAACACUCAGUACCAGACAUACAACAAUUGGUCACCACCAGCACAGUCAAAUGAAACUAGCAAUGGCUACUUCCUUGAAAGAUCACAAAGUGCAAGGGUGACUUUAGCAAAAGCAUUUGAGUUAUGCCCAGAUGAUGAACAAGAAGAAACAGAAAUGGUUGAUGAUCAAGAAAUUCACCCACCUGAAGAAGGUGGGGUUGCACCUUCAUACACAGGAAUCCAGCCUUCACAUAUGGAAUACCCAGCAGGUCAGCCAUCCCAGGUAGCACCCACAGGUUCUGUCUCUGCUCCAGCUCAAAUCUCACCAUCACCUGUGCCAGCUGUCACCCAACAACCACAGAUGCAAUCAAAUCUUCACGGAGGUGUCUCCCCUCCUGACAUCGCCAAUGAUAUAGCUCUCAGCUCUGGUCCUGUUGGUGGCGUCCCUCCAGCACAAACUUCCCCUCCCAUCAAUGUCAACAUCAAGCAACAUCUGCCUACACAGCGCCUGCCAAACCAGACACCAAGCUCCUCCCCAGCACCUUCCCCAUCACACGCCCCCACUUCUAGCAAUGAUAACCAGGAAACUGGGGAAGUGGAGGGAUGAAACUGAUGUUUGGACAACUUGAAUAGUGUUAACCUACUAGAUUUUCACAGUAAAUACUGUAGUCUGACGUUGGAAACUUGAUCCUUAUCAGGUUUAUUUUGUGAUCAGAAGGAAUGUGUCAAGGAAACAUAAGAAUUCCAAACAUUGAAAGUAGUAGUCUUAGAUGUAGAUGUUAAAAAUUAAAUGGGAGGAUCUGCAGAAAUGGAAUGUUUAGAAGAUUUGCUAUGUAUUUUAUGCCACUUUUGAAAUUUCAUUACACUUGAAGGUUUUGAUAGUUACAUGAAAUUAUUUUCAAUGAGUUUAUUUUUUUGUUGUAUUCUAGGGCAUAAAAUAGCCAUGCUUUUUUUACAACUGUCCUACAUCAAAUAAAUGUUAAGCAAGCAUGGCAAGAGGAAGUGUUUUCACUUAACAUCAUAGUAACAAAUUUCUCCUUCCAUUAGAUGUGGUAGGGAAACUUCACUUUUUGUGUCAUGCAUUCUAUUUUUGUACCUAAUCAUUUCAUACCAAAAGUGGAAGAAAAUAAUUGAUGUCAUCAUCCAAACAAAUCAGAAGGUAUGCUCUGAGCUUUGGUUUGGUUAUUGCUUCGCUUAUGACAUUUUUUCAUUUUGCGUUCCAAAAGUAAUAAGAAAAUGUGUAUUGUUUACAUAAUGAAAAUGUAAAGUUACUGCCAAGGGUGUACAAUUGAGGUUGUAAGUACAGAAUAAUUUAUUCAAAUGUAUACUCACCAACUUAGAUAUCAUGUUGAUGAAACUGCUCUCCUCAAAAGACUUAAUAAUUUAUUUACUGUUUGGCCAUUCUUUUUUUUUUUUCGCUAAUCGAUGAUGUAUUGUUCUGUUUAUUGCUCUUUGAACAAUAUUGUAUUCAUCUCCAUUCCUUACACAUUUAUAUAGAAAGAGUUUAUGGUUGAAUUAGAAAUCGUUUAUCUCCUACAUGUAGUAGAUUUCUACAUAUUAAAAUGGAAUUAGUAGUUUAUUUUUCAUAUGGUUCACAAGUUUUGAUCCACACAAUUUUUGGUUGAUACUUUUUCCAACAUGUUGGCUUUACAUCAUAAACUUUAGAAAGAAAAAUACCCCAGACUGAACUACUUAAUUGCAAGAGUUGAUUGUAGGAUUAGUUGUGCCAAGUUUUGUCUCUGGAUAUUAUCUUGGUAUCUCCAUCUCUAUGAUGUACAGCUUGUGUGUGCAGAUGGACCUGCUGUUGUAGUAGAAUGUUUUUGGUUGAAUCCACUCACAUUUUCUGUACACUGGCCAUCAUUUGAAAUGUGAUCUUUUGUUAACAUUUUUCUUAUCAGAUAUUGCAGUUUUUGCUCUUUUUUUUUUUUUUAUUAUUUAUUAAAAUGAUCAUAGAUAGAAAAAAAUUAAGCACAUCAGUUUUAUUACAAUCACAUAAUUUAAUGAGUUCUCAUUUUCAUAAUAAAUACAGUGUACAGAUUGAUAUGUUUUAUAUAUACAUAUAUAUGUAUAUUCUACGUCUUGCUUUAUAAAUUGUUCUUUUGUGUAUCUUGAGUGUUCUGUAAUUGUUUUCUCUUGUUUCUGAAUGUCUGACAUUUAUGUGCUGUAUAGCUUGAACAAUUGAACCCACUAUUCUUUGUUGCUAAUUUAGUAUUUUGGUGGCUGAAAGUUGAUAUGUUGGACCAAAAUAGCAACUUGCUAGGUGUGUAUUUUAAUGUACAAGUAUUUUGCAGUUGAGCUCACUGUGACAUAAGAGAUGAACAAAAGCUCUUUAAUGUUAGCAUAAUAUUUGUCACCUGUGUGAAGGAGCCUUAAGACUGGUUACAUGCGCUACAUCCCAAAAAAGAAUUGUUAAGUCUUUCAUACAAUGGGUUCAGGAUGCUACAUCCAUCAUUACAGGACUAUUGAUUAGACAUUAAAAUUCACACCACAAGAGAAGUUGAAUGUUUGGCCUCACAUUGUAAAAAGUAAACUUUGCCUUGCUUAACAAAAGACAGAAUGUUGGAUUCCUUAUGUGUUGCCAAUGAUCAUGUGAUGAUUGUUUCUCAAAUAAAGUUUGCUAAUGCAAAAAAAAUUAAUUGGAUUACUACAUGUAGGUUUUAUUUUAUUUUGCACAAUUACGGUCUAGUCUGAAACAAUUAGGGCAAAAUAUGAAACCAGUGCAUUAGUUCAGUUAUUACUAUGUCAAGUGUUGGCUACUGUUCUUUUUAAAAUAAAACUAUUAGCUAACCAGUUUUGUUUUUAAUGGUUCAUCAGUCUCUUAGGGAACAGUAGCAUCAAAAUGUAUUGCUCAUGGUGGCAAUCUAUUGAAUCAUGUUAAAGAAACAACCAAAAGGUAUAAAGAGCCUUGAAAUUCAAGCAUUUUGU